AUGAGUGGAUGCUUCCCAGUCGUCGGCCUCCGAGGCCUGUCUGGGGAAGGCGGGAUGGCUGCGCAGGGUGCACCGAGAUUCCUCUUGACCUUCGACUUCGACGAGACCAUCGUGGAUGAAAGCAGCGACGACUCGAUCGUGCGCGCCGCGCCGGGUCAGCGGCUGCCGGAGAGCCUGCGAGCCACCUACCGCGAGGGCUUCUACAACCAGUACAUGCAACGCGUCUUCCAGUACCUGGGCGAGCAGGGCAUGCGGCCCCGGGACCUGCGCGCCGUCUACGAGGCCAUCCCCCUGUCGCCUGGCAUGGGCGACCUGCUCCAGUUCGUGGCCGAGCAGGGCGCCUGCUUCGAGGUAAUUGUGAUCUCCGACGCCAACACCUUCGGCAUCGAGAGCUCGCUGCGCGCCGCCGGCCACCACGGCCUGUUCCGGCGCAUCCUGAGUAACCCCUCGGGCCCGGACUCGCGGGGGCUGCUGGCGCUGCGCCCUUUCCACACUCACAGCUGCGCGCGCUGCCCUGCCAACCUGUGCAAGCACAAGGUGCUCAGCGACUACCUGCGCGAGCGAGCCCAGGACGGUGUGCACUUCGAGCGCCUCUUCUACGUGGGCGACGGCGCCAACGAUUUCUGCCCCUUGGAGCUGCUGGCGGGGGGCGACGUGGCCUUCCCGCGCCGCGGCUACCCCAUGCAUCGGCUCAUCCAGGAGGCGCAGAAGGCCGAGCCCAGCUCCUUCCGCGCCGGUGUGGUGCCCUGGGAGACGGCCGCCGACGUGCGCCUCCACCUGCAGCAGGUGCUGCAGGGGUGCUGA